AUGGCAGAGUCUACAGAUGUAAUGCAGCGCUUACAGAGUAUUGGACUGGAAGAUAUCACAGCCGAGUAUUUGGAGUAUAAUCGACCCAGUUUACAGGCGAUAAAAGCAUGUACAGAGCUGUACAAAUAUAAACGCUGGAGUAAAGAGUGUAAACUUGACAUCAAGCCAAUGGUUGAGAUUAUUGUUCACGAGUCCAAUCAAGAAAUGCUCAGAUUGGCAAUUGGCCUGUUCUCGAAAGUUUACCAUAGUAUUGACGAUGAAAACUUUGGCAUCGUGUUGUCAAGACUUGUUUCACGACUGGAAUCAUCCAGUGGUUCAGUUGCUGUUGGUUUUAUUAGAAAUCUUCAAAUCAUGUAUUGGAAUAUUCAUCGUGAUAACCCAGUAAAAGCAGUGGAAUGUGGCAUCAUUCCAGCAAUAGUCAAUACGCUCAGAGUUUAUGCAAUGUUACAGAAUGUCGUGAGGUGA